AAAAAAAUAAACUUUUAUAUUUUCCACCUCAUUAUUACAUUCAUUAAAAUAUAAAAAAAAUAAAAACCUAAAAACAACCCUAUCUCCCAAAUCCCAAUCGCCCCCAACAAAUGAUUCACAACUCAACGGAAUCAGGACUAACCCAUUUCCAGAAAUGCUUUCUAACAGUCACAGCUUGAUCGGCAACCUUCUUAUCCUCCGAAUCCCCAUACUCAUCCCCUUCCUCUGUCACAAAAUCGUCGUCCGGCAGCCCGUCCACAAUCGCGUCCACCGAGUACAACAUAUAUCUCGCCGGCAAACCAGGGUACGAAGCCGAACACCUCUCCUCCACCUUCUCCCUGUACGAACCCGACACAAUCCGCACUUCCCCACCGGCAAUCGACCCGAGCUCCUCUCGGAUCGCCCGCAGGACGGCAGAAUCAGGGCUCUCAUCGGGCUUCAUCUUCUCCGACAAGGGCCGGUGUCGGCUCCUCACCGUCCCGUCGGAAAGCUCCUGAUGCGAUUCGAUGAGGACCCGGUUGUUCUUCCCGAUAAUUUUCACGGUGGCGACGUUGACGGUGCGAAUCGAAGGGGUAGAAUCGGCAAAGGAGGUCUCGCCUUGAGAGAUCUCGAGCCAGAGGUUGUGAACAUUCUUCGUCCCCGGCUUGACCCCCCAGGAGGAGAAGGAAUCAGAGGGCAAUCGGGGCUUCAGCCAAUCGGAGAGGGAAUCAGGGUUAGCGAAACGGCGCCGGUUGUUUGGGUUUGAGACCGACAUGGAUGGGAUUUGGAGGAAGCGGCGGCUGCGGCUGGAGGCGAGGAAGGGGAUUUUCGGGAAAUAGGGUUUGAGAGAGGCAGAGGAAAAAGAAGAAGAGAAGAGGAUGGAGAGAGUUGUUAGGAAGAAGUCAGGGAUGUUGAUGUUGUUGGGCCUGUAGCGGCGAGGAAGGGGAUUUUCGAGAAAUAGGGUUUGAGAAAGAUGAAUCGAUCGAUUACAUGGCCAUGUGGUUCCGUUCAGAGUCUUCUGCUUCUCGUCUCCGAUUACAUGGCCGCCGGCAGCUUGUCGGUUGUUUUUCGUUUGGUUUCGGUUAUUUUUAGGUUUUUUAUUUUUUUAUUUUUUAAUGAAUGUAAUAAUGAGGUGGAAAAUAUAAAAGUUUAUUUUUUUAUUUUUAAUAAUUUUUU